AUUUCUCCGGACCAACUGAAAAUAGCUCCCAGGGUUGUACGAAGCAAAAGGGGGAACUCGUUCCAGGCGACUUUAACCUUCAUUUUCCGUGAAAACAACGUCCAAACAAAGUUUUCUGGCGAAAACGAAAGAAAAUUUUUAGUUGUGGUUGCAAAAGUUUUUCACUCUUCAUCCGGCAAACAGAAAUUAAAUGGAACAAGAAGAAACCUUGGUUGACAAAAACUUUCCCCUCUUCUCCAAUUCUUCCAAAACUCUUAAACCCCUUCAAACCACUAAAACCCUAAAACCUGACCAAAACUCCGAAACCCCCCAAAUCGAGAAGGAAAAAUCCACAAAUCCUAAUUCCAACUCUCCCAACACCACCACCACCACCACAACUUUAUUUUCCGACUUGGGUCUCGCCGAAUGGGCGGUCCAAACCUGCAAGGAAUUGGGGAUGAAAAGGCCUACACCAGUCCAAGCCCACUGCAUCCCGAAGAUUUUAGCGGGUCGCGACGUGCUGGGGCUGGCUCAGACUGGCAGUGGCAAGACGGCGGCGUUUGCGCUGCCGAUCCUGCACCGUCUGGCGGAGGAUCCAUAUGGGAUUUUCGCGUUGGUGGUAACCCCUACUAGAGAAUUGGCCUAUCAGUUGGCGGAGCAAUUCCGUGCUCUGGGGUCUUGCUUACACUUAAGGUGUGCGGUGGUUGUUGGGGGUAUGGAUAUGCUGACCCAAGCCAAGACCUUAAUGGGCAGGCCACAUGUAGUUAUCGCCACGCCUGGAAGGGUUAAGGUCUUAUUGGAGGAGAAUCCUGAUAUCCCUCCUGUCUUCUCUAGAACCAAGUUCCUCGUUUUGGAUGAAGCUGAUAGAGUUCUGGAUGUUGGAUUUCAAGAAGAAUUAAGAGCAGUGUUUCAUUGCUUACCAAAAAACCGGCAAACUCUAUUGUUUUCUGCAACAAUGACAAGUAACUUGGAAACGCUACUUGAGCUUUCUGCAAAUAAGGCAUAUUUCUAUGAGGCCUAUGAAGGCUUCAAGACAGUUGACACUCUUAAACAGCAGUAUGUUUUCAUCCCUAAGAAUGUGAAGGAUGUUUAUCUUGUUCACAUUUUGUCUAAAAUGGAAGAUAUGGGUAUUCGAUCUGCCAUGAUAUUUGCGUCUACCUGCAGAACUUGUCACCUUUUGAGUUUAUUACUGGAAGAGCUUGACCAGGAAGCAGCAGCAUUGCAUUCAUACAAAUCUCAGUCUCUGAGGCUUUCUGCUGUACAUCGAUUCAAAUCUGGACAAUCUUCUGUAUUGAUUGCGACUGAUGUUGCCAGUCGUGGUUUGGACAUUCCUACUGUUGAUCUUGUUAUCAAUUAUGAUAUUCCAAGGUAUCCUAGAGAUUAUGUUCAUCGUGUGGGCCGUACUGCUAGAGCAGGCAGAGGGGGUCUGGCUGUGAGUUUUGUUACUGAGAAUGAUGUAGAUCUCAUUCAUGAGAUAGAAGCUGUUCUUGGGAAGCAACUGGUGGAAUUUGAGUGUAAAGAGAAGGAAGUCCUCUCAGAUAUUACUAAGAUAUAUAAAGCCAAACGGGUGGCAACAAUGAAGAUGAUGGAUGACGGCUUUGAGGAGAAAGCAAAGGAACGGAAAAGGCAAAAACUUAAAACACUAGCAGAGAAGGGAUUGUUGAAGAAGAAGAGUAAAAAGAGAAAGAGAGAAAAGUCUGCAAAAUAGGGAACAAGUGACAUCUCUUUUGACAAACAGCCCACGAUGCUUUUCCUCCAGCAGCUUUCUGAGGUUUGAAGUCGAAUGAGGAAGUUUUGUUUGUCCCUCUGCUGACGAAGUGGUAGAUGUCAUGCCAGACUUUUCGUUCUUGGGUGGGUUUUUUUUUUUUUUCAUUUUUUUAGAAUAUGCUACUCAUCUAUUUUAUUAAGAUAUUUUUCAUAUCGAAUUAAAAAAAAAAAAAAAAGAUACAAAAUGCCCAAAGUUUGGAAUCUCAA